AUGUUGGACGAAGAACUCAUAGACGACAAGAUGAGGCUAGCCAUCUUGUACUUCAAAGCCGCGGACUUUGAACGAGCGCUCAAUUUGUACAAUGAAUUGGUCGAGAUGGUGGCUUCUAUCCUGGCUGUAGAAGCGCAAAAAAUCAGAAAACACGUCUACAACUUGGCAGAAAAGCCCAUUGUGGGAGCAUGUGUACAUCCGAAGUUGGGACUGAUUCUCGACCAACGAGCUGCCACUCACGAGAAGUUGGACCAGUUCUCUAAAGCACUAGAAGACUCUCGUAGAAUAGUCAAAUUAGAGCCGAUUAGUUGUAAAGGAUAUCUCAGGGUUGGUAAAUUGCUUCUCAAGUUGAAGCAGGACGUAGAAGCGUACAAAACCUACCAAAGAGGUGUAUACAUUAUCGAAAAAGUUAUAAAAGAGCAUCUGGUUUCAGUACCAGAGAAGCUCUUCUCGCAAUUGAAAACUCAAUAUAAGCUGUUGAACAAGACGCUCAAGACUAAAAGACAAAACAAAUCUCAAGAACUGCAAUAUCUAUCAAGAGAAGAUUCGCAUGAACUGGAUAGUUCUCUAAGAAUGAAUUCCAAGAGAGCCAAGCGUAUGGGUUCAGUUUCAAAACCGAUAGCAGACCCCUUCCAGCAUCUCCCGCUAGAAAUCAUAGAGCUCAUAUUCCAAAACUUGGCCUUUAAACAACUCCUAUCUUGUCAUCUAGUCAACAAAUUGUGGUACUAUAAUUUGACUAAGAUUCCCAAUUUGUAUUGUACUCGUGUCAAUUUAAAGUCGAACAUCACACUUUCUGAAUUCACCCAUGGGAUUCGAUUGGUUAAAAGAGUAGCCCACAAGUCGUAUUCACAACAAAUCAAAGCCCUUAAAAUGCGAUCCGCAAUCAAUGCUUCACAAUUGCAAAAAAUCAUAGAAAUAAUCAUUAAUGAACCAAACUUUUCCAUACGAUCGUUGGAUAUGUUUGACAAAUAUCUUAGUUUUCAGCUUCUAUUGAAUAAGCUCAGCAAGUUCAGUUGGAAAUUGAACAACUUGUCCAAUUUGGAGUACCUUCGCUUAGGAGUGAAUUCAAGUCUUCGAUAUGAGAAUAUCAUAUUGGAAUUAUUCAAGAAGUUGAAGACUCUCUAUAUUGUAAUCCUAUACUCCGACAUGAGUGGACCUAAUAACCAAAUUCUACCUACUACAGAAAAGUAUUUCAAUCGUUUGCACGAGAAAUCAGUCAAUAAUUCAGAUGAUUACGAAUCUAUGCUGAAUUUGACUCUUGUAAACCAUCCGAAGUUACUACCAGGAGAAAGUCAAGUAGCUCCGAAGUUUGAAACUUACAAUCCAUACCCAAUUUUCCUUGAUAGAAGCUUUUCAAAUUUGGUAGAAUUGAGUUUGGUCUCUUUUGAUUUCUUUAAUAGGUUGCCUCUUUUGGGAGAAUUUUUCUGUAAAUGCAAACUGUUGACCAAAUUGAUGCUUGAAAACAAUUUUAACUUUCGUAUGCUUGAUUUGUUUCAGAUGCUCCAAAAUUAUAACCCAAGUUUCCGGUUGGAGAAAUUACUAUUCAGAGAGCCCAAAAUCAUUAGUACGACCACCAUGAAUGAAUUCUCAACCGAUGACUUACCUCAGUUGAACAGCUUGCAACUGUUGGAUGUGUACGGCUCAUCAUUGACCACAAAGGGGUUGAUGAAAUUGCUUAGAAUUUGCAACAAAGGAAAUAAGGAACUUACCACUUUAGUAAUGGGAAAUUCCACAUACUUGCAUUUCAAGACCGAUGCUUUUCAGACUAGCAAUCGGAACCUAUUUUCAUUUGUACAAAUGCUUCGAAUUGCACCCAACUUAGAGAAUCUAUACCUCAACGAAUUAGAUAUAGACAAUCAAACUAUGAAGCAGCUUAAUAAGGAUAUAGAAUCUAUUGGUUAUGUCAAUUGCAAGCUUAAAGUGCUUGACUUGAGUUUCUGCAACAGAGUUGAGGGUAUUGGACUAAUUGAUUUGUUCAAAGCGUUUCCUUCUAAUAUUAAACAGAUUAACGAGAAUAGUGGAAGUGCAUUUCGGAUCCGAGAAUUAAUCAUAGACGGUAUAGAGAUCAACAUAGCUACAUUGCGUUUACUACAGAAGCACAAUUUUGUCAGCACCAUCAAAAAUGAUCCCAACAAGAAGAGAUGGAGACAGUACGGGGUGAAUACUUUGGUUCCAGUUUGA